GGAGGAGGUGGAGCAAGGCGGGGACGCACGGGACUCGGGGAUCUCUUCUCGGCCAUCGGGAGAGUACCCCGUGGCUGCGGGGCCGAGAUCGGGGCGGCUCCGGGAGCAGAGAUGGGGACGGCCGACUCCAAGCUGAACUUCCGGAAGGCGGUCAUCCAGCUUACCACCAAGACUCAGCCUGUGGAGGCCACUGAUGAUGCUUUCUGGGACCAGUUCUGGGCAGACUCAGCCACCUCAGUACAGGACGUCUUUGCACUGGUUCCAGCAGCGGAGAUCAGGGCUGUGCGGGAGGAGUCACCAUCCAACCUGGCCACCUUGUGCUAUAAGGCAGUAGAGAAGCUGGUGCAGGGAUCGGAGAGCGGCUGCCACUCAGAAAAAGAGAAGCAGAUUGUCCUCAACUGUUGCCGGCUCCUCACCCGUGUGCUGCCCUACAUCUUUGAGGAUCCUGAUUGGAGGGGCUUCUUUUGGUCCACAGUGCCUGGAGCUGGCCAAGAAGGGUGUGAGGAGGACGAGAAUGCCCGGCCCCUGGCAGAGUCCCUGCUCUUGGCCAUUGCUGACCUGCUCUUCUGCCCAGACUUUACUGUCCAGAGUCACCGAAAGAGUGCUGUGGACUCGGCAGAAGAUAUUCACUCCCUGGACAGCUGUGAGUACAUCUGGGAAGCUGGUGUGGGCUUUGCCCAUUCUCCACAGCCCAACUAUACCCAUGACCUGAACCGGACGGAGCUGCUGAAGUUGCUGCUGACUUGUUUCUCUGAGGCCAUGUACCUGCCCCCAGCCCCUGACAGCAACAGUGCCAAUCCCUGGGUGCAAUUCUUCUGCUCUACAGAGAACAGACACGCCCUGCCGCUCUUCACCUCCCUUCUCAACAUCGUCUGUGCCUAUGACCCGGUGGGCUAUGGGAUUCCUUACAACCACUUGUUAUUCUCUGACUAUCGAGAGCCUCUAGUGGAGGAGGCAGCCCAGGUGCUUAUUGUGACCUUGGACUAUGACAGUGCCACCAGCACCAGUCCCACCUUAGAUGGAACUACCACGGGCACUGCAAUGGAUGAUGCGGACCCGCCAGGCCCUGAGAAUCUAUUUGUGAACUACCUGUCCCGAAUUCACCGUGAGGAGGAUUUCCAGUUCAUCCUUAAGGGUGUGGCCCGGUUGCUCUCCAACCCUCUGCUUCAGACAUACCUGCCUAACUCAGCCAAGAAAAUCCAGUUCCAUCAGGAAUUACUAGUUCUGUUUUGGAAGCUCUGUGACUUCAACAAGAAAUUCCUCUUCUUCGUGUUGAAGAGCAGUGAUGUUUUGGAUAUUCUCGUCCCCAUCCUCUUCUUCCUCAAUGAUGCUAGAGCUGAUCAGUCUCGAGUGGGCCUGAUGCAUAUCGGAGUUUUUAUAUUGCUGCUCCUGAGUGGAGAACGCAACUUUGGGGUCCGGUUGAACAAGCCCUAUUCCGUUCGAGUUCCCAUGGACAUCCCUGUUUUCACUGGCACCCAUGCUGACCUGCUCAUUGUGGUGUUCCACAAGAUCAUCACCAGUGGCCAUCAACGCCUACAGCCUCUCUUUGAUUGCUUGCUCACCAUCAUAGUGAAUGUGUCUCCAUAUCUCAAGAGCCUGUCCAUGGUUGCAGCCAAUAAGCUGCUCCACCUUCUGGAGGCUUUCUCUACCACCUGGUUCCUGUUUUCUGCUGUCCAGAACCAUCACCUGGUAUUCUUUCUCCUUGAGGUCUUUAACAACAUCAUUCAGUAUCAGUUUGAUGGCAACUCAAACCUCGUCUAUGCCAUCAUUCGAAAGCGAAGUGUCUUCCACCAGUUGGCCAACCUGCCCACAGAUGUGCCCUCCAUCCACAAAGCCCUGCAGCGUCGAAGGCGGACUCCUGAGACCCUAUCUCGAACCAACUCCCAGGAGGGUGUUUCCAUGGAGGGCUCCUGCCCUGCUGCCCCUGCUGAGCCGGGUACCCUCAAGACCAGCCUAGUGGCUACACCAGGCAUUGACAAGCUGACCGAGAAGUCGCAGGUGUCUGAGGAUGGAACAAUGAAAUCUUUGGAGCCCGAGUCCAGUCGGAGCUUGGUUGAGAACAGCUCCCCAGCCAGGAAGAGCAAGGAAGAGUCAUGGAAUGGGGAGCCUGGCCAAGCUUGUGCAGAACAGCAACAAUCACCCACUGCUUCAGCGGGCGGGCAGUGGAGCCCAACUCCAGACUGGGUCCUCUCCUGGAAGUCCAAGUUACCACUACAGACCAUCAUGAGGCUGCUGCAGGUACUGGUGCCUCAGGUGGAGAAGAUCUGCAUUGAUAAGGGGCUGACAGAUGAAUCAGAAAUCCUCAAGUUUCUCCAGCAUGGCACACUGGUGGGGCUGCUACCUGUGCCUCAUCCCAUCCUUAUCCGCAAAUACCAGGCCAACUCAGGCACUGCCAUGUGGUUCCGCACCUACAUGUGGGGUGUCAUCUAUCUAAGGAAUGUGGACCCACCAGUCUGGUAUGACACCGACGUGAAGCUGUUUGAGAUCCAGCGGGUGUGAGGAGAAGAGAGCGAAGGACAGGAGAAGACGGAAGGGGUUUGAGUGGUUGGGUGCCAAGGUGAUCCCUGGACCCCUCACAGCUGCCUGGCUCUGACUCUUCCUUCUGAUUGCUAUUUCAAGCUUUGUUAUCACUUUGACCUGAGGAAGGGGGUGGGGAGGCAGUAACUUCCCCAAGAGCCCAGGGAUUGGGGGAAAUGUGGGGAGCCAACUUUGCCCUUUUCCCAUACCUGGCUUAUGAAGUCCUUCUGGUUCUGGUGGUAGUUACAGAAAACAACAAAGAUUGGAAGGUAGAGCCAAGGAAGAGGCAGCUUCCUCUUAGCAGAUACCUCUUGGUGUCCCACCUAAUCAAUUACUUCCCUUCCAUUUCAAGUCUGUAUUAUAGCCCUGGCUUCCCUGAAGACUUGUUUCUAUACCAUGCUUUAUUUGUUCACCCUCUUCUUUGACCAUGCCUUCCAGGUUCUCCCUGCAAGUGGCUCAGAAGUUCUUGGGCCCCUUGGAGGGGUUACUUUAGUCUGGGAUCCCCACUAUCUGGGUAGUAGUGGGGGAGCUGAGGUGUGAAUGCUGGGAUGCUCUUUACCUUCCAUUACAAAACAUUACUCAUUCCAUACCCAACAUGCCACUGAGGCUGAGCAGCUCAUAGGAAGAAUUGGGCUGAGGGAGGUUUUUAGGGUUUUGUGUUUUUUUUUUUUUGAGGGAAGAAGAGGUUAACAGUUCCAACCCAGAGUUCGAUCCAGUGGCUAUGGCCUAGGUGACCACCUAAUCCCCAAGCCCACAUUUUCAUAUUUGUACGAAGCCCUCUUCCGUGGGAAUCUUUUUCACAGACCAUUCCCCAAAAAGGAAUAUGACAGAGGGGAGCAACCCUCCACCCUCAUUCUAAUGUCAAAGGGUAGAGAACCUGUUUUUCCUCAUGUUGGAUAAGUAGAGGGGAGUGAGACGAAGACAGUCCAAGAUAUCCUUCCCUGGCUUCCCCAUAGCUGUACCAGCUGGCUGCCCUGAAACCCUCAGUCCUCAGCUCUGUCCUCCAACGUUGUUCUUCCAAGUCUUCCCCAUCCGUGGCUAAUCCCCACUCUCUGCCUGUGUCAGUACAAUCUUAAUUUUCAAGCACUAGAGAUGCGCUCUACAAUCUGCUACUUUACACAAAAUUAAAAUCUCCCUUUUCCUGGC